AUGAAUCAAGAAGGAGUGACUUGGAAUAAGGAACAAGUGAUUCAAGCUUUUGAAAAUUCAGGAAAUCUCAAAUUUCUAGAGCACAUUAAUUUGUCAAAUAUAGAGAAAUGCACAGAGGAAGCUCCCGUGUAUAUUUUUUAUAUACGUGGUCUACAAUGUUCACGUGAUCCACGUCUCGCCUACCACUUUUGGGCAAAUUUUGCUGGUCGCCAUCAGUUUCAUCUCUUUACAAACCAAUCAAAGAAUGAAUGUAUCAAUGCGACGAUUUACCUAUACGUACCUGAUUUAGACGCUAUUGAAAUGAGUUUGGCAUCUGUUGCAGAUAAACUUAUAGACACAAAGUUUGCGUUUGAACGUGUGAAUUGCGACAAAGAAACUACGUGCGAGUAUCCAGAGGAAAAGUGGCAUGAAGUAUUUGAUACAAUGACAUAUAAUCAUCUCAAAGUAAAUGACCCGUAUGGAAAUGAACUGCGUCUUUAUGUGACACCUCGCAACUACAACUCGAUUAACAACUCACUGGGUAAAACACUGCCUAUGACAAAUGGUACUCAAGGUGUGGCUCAAGGCUUUCCGUUUUUACUUUACCCGUGUCGUCCAGGCAUUGCGCUGGGUAUCUCACGUUUCUUUGAGCACUACUUGGGUGCUAAAACAGUAGUAUCCAAGAAAAAUGACCAUGAAGAUCUUUAUCGCACGUCGGUAUUUUGCGGUCCACUACAGACGAUUGUGUUUGACGAGCAAGAGUCCCAGCGUGACAAUAGGGGAGAGUAUGAUGGCCACCACGUGUGUGUUCAUAUCGGUCGUUUCAAGGAGUUUUAUGACAAGGCGUACAGCGAUUCCAUUACCUGGAACAAUGUGCUGUUUUUCGAUCGUUGUGAUACCUGGUUCGAGGCUAAUCGUGAUCAACAAUAUCGCAUUUUGCAUUUGAUUGACCCUGUGGACAAGACAUUUCUCAUGUCGUUUGAGCUGGAGAUACGAUCGACGCAACAUUACCGCUACCUUAUUCACCGCAGCGAUGUGACCCCGGAGGAGGAGGCCGCGAACGAGCUUCUCCGCAACAAACAUUUGUAG